AUGACCAGCCUGUUCCGCCGCCGCAACAGUGGUAACCAUGGUGACGUGGCGUCGCACCACGACAGCCCAGUCCCAGCUGAACUCAACAACAGUAAUCCCAGUGGGGGUGGGCGAACGGUGCGGCGUCUGGAGUUCAACCAGGCUAUGGAGGACUUCAGGACUAUGUUCCCCAGCAUGGAGCAGGAGGUGAUAGAGUGUGUGCUGCGGGCCAACCACGGAGCCGUGGACUCCACUAUUGACCAGCUGCUCCAGAUGAGCCUGGAUGGACACGGCUCUGACGACAGCUCCGACUCAGAGGACAGCAUCCCCCCUGAGAUCCUGGAGCGGACUUUGGAGCCGGACAGCUCUGACGAGGAGCCCCCGCCGGUCUACUCUCCGCCCUCCUAUGACAUGCACAUCUACGACAGGAAGUACCCAGAUCAGGUCCUGCCCACAGCAUCACCACCACCCAGGCAAGAGAAGAAGGGGAGGGAGGGAGGGAGGCAGAUUGGAAGUUACAGGAACUGGAACCCACCGUUACUAGGCAACCUCCCUGAUGAUUUCCUCCGGAUCCUGCCUCAGCAGCUGGACAGUCUGCCACGCUCUCACAGCAGCCUAACGCCGACUAGUCUGACCCAGCCCUCCUGCUCUUCCUCCCUGUUGUCCAUGACGCAGCAGGUUGAGCCUGGGGCUGGGGCGGCGGCCAGGGCAGGCCAGGUUGGCAUGGAGACGGACCAGGAGAGAAAGCUGAAGCAGUACUUGGAGGAUGAGAGCAUAGCCCUCUUCCUGCAGAACGAGGAGUUUAUGAGGGAGCUGCAGCGCAACCGCGAGUUCCUCAUCGCCCUUGAGAGAGAUCGGCUGCAGUAUGAGUCAAAGGCAUCCAAGUCCCAUCAUUCACCAGCUUUCAUGGGGACGUCCACUCCAGGAGAUAAUUGUGCCUCAGGCUCUGGGGAGGCCUGCACCAAUGUUACUGAUGACGCCUUGUUCCGUGACAAACUCAAGCACAUGGGCAAAUCUACGCGAAAGAAGCUUUUUGAAAUCGCUAGAGCUUUCUCUGAAAACACCCGAAGAAGAAAAACGAAAAGGAGAGCCCUCAUGAAACAUCAUUCACUGGGUAAUGCUGCCUCCACUGCCAACCUCUUGGAAGAUGAAGAAGCUGGACACCUGAGUGAGGAGGACAGCAUGCUCAAGAGACCAGGCCCUCAGGAAGAGGAGGUGCCCCAACAGGAAGUGUUAUGAUUUCUCAUAUAGUUUUGUCUGUGACAAUGGAAGAACAAUAUGGCUCACACUACCCCCUUCUUGACCUGAACCAAGUCCCGUGGAAUAUUACUACCUUCAGAUGAAAUUUCCCAGUUAUGAAGUCGUAAGUCCUGUUUUAGAAGUCAGAGCAAUUCUUCAACCAAUGAGAUUUCAUUUAGCGCGAUGAGCUAGCUAACAUUGCUAAUGAUAAAGUUAGCUAGCUUGCUUAACUUUGACAAUAUGGUAAACUAGCUAUUAUCCACAUUGAUAUGUUUGACGGCGUCAAACGUUAAUUUGCUUUAUCAUCUUAUGGUUGAAAAGAUGAAAUGUCAGUGAUGAAACGUCACAACUCUUAAAUUGGAUAUCUUCUCUGAAUUUCACUCUUGGGAUUCCAACAUGGGAGGGUUGUUCAAGUGCUUAUUUCCCAGUCGGAACAUCGUAUUUCCCAUUUGAGUAGCAUUUGAAGGCAGCAUAUUGCUCUUUUGGUUUCAUGUUUCAGAAAUCAUCAAACUAGCUAGUUAGGCACUUUUUAAAAUAUUUAAGUUAUAUGUAAAAUGUAUUGUUAUUGA